UGCAGUAGUCACGGGAUUACAGAGGACUGGCGGUGAACAUACUCCUCCUCCCUCAACAGGAACAUUCUGUCUCGGGACAGCCAUCUAAUUAAUAUCCGUGUGUGAUAUUGUGUCGUUAGUGUUGGUGUUUAUCUCCCCUUGCCUGUAACAGUCGUGCUGUGGCGCCACUGAACACAGCCCCACACCGCCCGCGGUCCCCGUGUCUUUAUCUACCUGCCACAGGUGUGUCGUGACCCCGCGUUCGUAACUCGUGCAGACCUCGCAACUGCCGCACCUUCCACUCAUCACACGUCAACUUCCCUCAACAUAUCUUACUCCUGGGUUUGUGGCAGAUGACUGAGGAAGUGUACAACCAAUGAGACUCCCGUUGCCGGGACUGUCGACGACACAAGAGAUCGAUGAUUGGGAAAGGAGAGAUUGCGUGACAAAAGCUCAGAGCAAGUCAAGUGAGGCGAUUGGAGGGGCGCUACGACCCACAUUCUCCGCCUCCCGUCCUCGGGCCUGUACCUGGCGGUGACUCAUAAAACAAAAUCGCGGGGAUAGGGAGUCUGGCCCAAUGUGAACAGCCCCACCCCAGCCACCGUGGAUUAUACACAAGUCAACAGUGUUGUGGUCUGUCAUCAGUUGACGCCGACAACCUCAGCCUCCCUAUCGACCAUUGUUGUUGGCGCAACACCACAACCACACGACAGCCAUGUUUACAGGGAGAACGCCCACAGACAGCGAGCAGGCAGCAACACACCCGACUGAUGUGGAAAGACUGACUAUGAUGUCAUCAAAUUCUUCUAGAAUGAGACAUGGGGAGGAGAGAAGGUAACGAGCUUGUGGAGAUACAAAACAUCGCGGGAAGGAAAUAAUCUUCUAGAGUUUUCUCAUCUUUCUUUCGCCAGCAUCGUGCAUGUGCAAGACUCCGCUUCCGUCCUCAUCCGACAGUCGUGGUGCAGGGCGCCUUCAGACCCUGACACUAGCAAGUGCCUUCUGUCUGUCCAUGGUCACUGAGGCAAUGAGUCAUCUGGGGUGUGUGAGUGGCUUGCUGGUACUAGUGGUUGCUGUCCUCAGUGCCCCUGGGCUGGUGGGGGGCCAGGAGGUGUGUUCAUCACGAGGCCUGGAGUGGAAGCCAGCGGCGCGAGUCCGCUUUGGUCUCAUCGUCAGCCUGCGCAAGGCGGACCGCAUGGGCUGCGGCAUCAUCUCCGAGGAGGCCCUCCAGCUGUACAUCGCCACACAGUGGGUGCUGGAGAAACUCAACAAAGACAACGGAAGUUACAUCCCCGGGGUGCAGUUUGGCUUUGAUUUGCUGGACGACUGCAGGUCCCCCACGCGCGCCAUGCAAUACGCCCUCGACUACAUGGACAUCUACAACCGCUGCGGCGACAACCAGUACAACACCACGCUGCGACUAGGUCUCGUGGGUCCAUCACGGAGCUCGACGGCGGAGGAAGUUGCAGAUGCCAUGCGGGGGUUUUCCGCCCCCAUCAUCAGUCCCGCCGCCACAGUCGCCACACUGACCACCGGGGACAUCAGCCACCCCAACUUCUUCCGCACUGUGCCCUCCGACAGGCUGCAGCUGGCCGCCAUCAUCCAGAUCCUCAAGCAACUGAGCUGGAGCUUCGUUGCGCUGGUGUACACCGAUGACGUGUACGGGACGACCGGAAGCCGCAUGCUGCAGGAAAUGGCGGUCCGCGAGCGCAUCUGCAUCAACACCAGCAUCGUCAUCACCAGCGACCCCGCCGUGAUGACGUCCGUCGUCAGCCAGCUCAUCGGCGUCCGGGCGCGAGCCAAGGACCAGUCGCUGGCGGUGGUGUACAUCGGCGCCAAGGACAAGGCCGAGAACCUCGUCUUCAACCUCAAGAGUCAGAGGGCUCUUGGCUUCCACUUCAUCUUCUCCGACAGCGUCAGCACCAACCUCGACGUCUUCAAGAGCGGACAGUUGCCCAACACCAACAUGAACCUGGCAGUUGGCAGCCUGACACUUGCUCCCUCUAGCGUCACUCUCAGGGACUUUGAAGACUACCUCAACCGGAAAUACACCAGCGUUCAUAACGGGAGCGACAACGACACCAUCAUUGCAUCCUACUUAAAGGUGUCUGGGUGGACGUGGCCGCUGCAGUCAGUGUCUCAGGUGUCGUUCGUGCCGCUGGCUGUGGGAGCUAUCUACGCCCUGGCGGAAGCCACGCGCCUGACGCACCAGGAGGUCUGUGGCAACGACCGCGGCGUCUGCGCCGCCAUGGUAACCGCUGUGGCAGAGGGCGCUGUGCUGCGCUACAUGAAGAACCUCUCAGUGAAUUUUAGUGCCAUGAAUGCUGACGUGGCUCCCCAAGAGUUCCGGAGAAUCGGUUACAUCCUCGAGUUUGAUGAAAAUGGCGAUGUCGUUCCCAGCGGAGAAUUUCCUGAUUAUGUUGUGUAUUCCUACAACAACGAGCUCCCCCAGCCAUUACUCAAGGUGGGCAACUACACAGGUGGCAAGCUGUCGCUGGACACGUCUCAGGUGAAAAUGCUGACCACCUACAGCCAGGUAGUUCAGCGGGUGCAAACGUCAGUCUGUGCGGGGGAGUGUGUUGAGUGUGCCGACAACGGAAAGAUACCUGUGGCUCACCUCAACGGGUCAGCAGUCAUCGUCGGCGUCUUCUCCGUCCACGUGCGCCAGGGAGACUCGCCCUUCAAGUGCGGCCACUACAGGAACGUGUCCAUCGACCCCAUCGUGCUGCAGGCCUUCCUACACAGCGUGCAGCAGCUGCGGGCCUCCACUGGAGUCGACUUUGGAGCCGUGGCCUUUGACGACUGCUACAGCCCACUGCGCAUCAACACCAUCCUCUCCACCUACCUCUCCCAGCACGUGACUGAAGAGCAGUGCGGCUUCAGUGUCUGCGUGGAUCCAGACCAGGUGGUCGGCGUCAUCGGCAGUCUGUCCAGCGGCUCCACCAUGGCCGUGGCCGACUUCUUCACACCUUUGCGGGUCCCUGUCAUCUCCUACGCCGCCUCCUCGCCCGACUUCGACGACAAAGUCAACUUCCCCUUCUUCCUGCGGACUGUGCCCAGUGAUGAUGAGCAGGCCAAGGCCAUGGCAGCGGUUAUUGAGGAGAUGGGCUGGAGCUACGUGGGCCUGCUGUAUGUCAACAACAACUACGGCACCAAGGGGGCCUUGGCCUUCCAGCGGACGGCCGCCGCGCGCGGCAUCUGUGUGGCUGACCCUGUCAUCAUCUCGGAAAACCCCAGCAGCGUGGAUGAGAAGGACCUGUACGACGCCUUCAUUGCACUCAUCGAGAAAAAUGUCAAGGUUGUCGUCUUUUUCGGCAUCGACACGCGCAUGGCGGACUUCCUGCGGCUGGUGGAGUCACGUGGUGAGUUUGGUCGUCUGCUGUUCCUGGCCAGCGAGGAGUGGGCCAGCAAAGACGACGUCCUCAACGCCGGACCCAAGGCAGCGAGAGGAUCCAUCACCAUCAAGGUCAACAAUGUCGACACCAACCCUCAGGAUGAGGACUUGCUCCGGAAGGAGCUGCUGCAGAAGGUUCCCAGUAGGGACGACCCCAACCCCUGGUUUUCCGAGUUCUGGCAAAACUUCUUCGACUGCAACAUCCCAGGCGGCUUCAACAAUGUCUUCUCCAAGGACUGCAACCCGACAACCAGACUGUCGAGUACAGAGGUCGCGAGACUCCUGUCGGACCAGCGCGUGAAGCACGUGAUGAACGCCGUCAGUGCCCUGGGCUGGGGGCUGCACGCUGCCAAGGACGAGUUCUGUGAGGACAAGUUCCCUUGCUCCUUCCUCAGGAACGCCAAGUAUGCAACAAAGGUGUUGGACAGCAUCAAGUCGCAGGUGGUCACAGUUCACUCCCUUAAAGAAAGUGUCUUUGACGACCGUGGCAACGGUGACAUCGGCUUCAGCCUCUUCAACAUCCAGAAGGAUGACUUAGGCUACACCUACAAACUAGUGGGCUCCUAUAUUCCGAAGCAAGGGCUGCAGCUGCAGAAGGAGGACUUGCGGUUCUACACGGAAACCGGAAGAGAGACGAGUCAGGUGGAUGCGCAGUGCUCGGGUACAUUGUGCGAUCAUUGCCCUCAGCAGCUCACCGCCUCCUCCCCCGCACCCCAGGACCAGACAGACAAGGGAGAGCACAUGCAGAUGGCCAUUCUCGUCAUCCUCGCUCUGCUGCUCGUCGUCUGCCUCCUUCUCGUCUGCGGCCUCGCUUUGAGCUGCGCGUACUUCCGGCGGAAAGUGCAGGGCCUCACCAAGCAGCUGCAGGAGCAGAAGAGCGAGCCGGUGUACCACGCGGUGCAGGAGCGACAGGUGUACGGCAACGUGAUGGGGGACAUGACCAGCGUGCCGCUGCCACAACCACAACCACAGUACCGCCACGACGACAUCCGCUUCGUCAACAGCCGCUCCAACAGCCCGGCAGACACGCUGGACGGUCGUUACAACCCGGCCUUCACCCCGGACGGUUAUCAUCGCUCUUCACAGGCACUGAUGACGCAGAGGUCAGUCGCGCCCAGCGACCACAACGCCACGACGACGACACCCGCACCUGGCACCGCACCCGAGCUGCCCGUCCGACAGAGCAGCAUGGCAUCGGUCACGCGGGUCAAGGGCCCCACCGCCAGUGAGUCCGAGAUGUCACAGCAUCCCUACGAUGAGAUGAACUCCACGGCCUCGGAAAACGCCUUUCAGUCUGGAGUAGCCUCCCCUGCGAGAACCACCCGAGUCCCAACGUUCCCGAUGACCUUUCAGAACCUAGAAGCCAUCCCCCUGCAAGUUAUGGGCCCUGCCAACACCCCGGAUUAUCGCCAGACUACCCCUCCGGACUAUCGCCAGCAGCUAGAGAGCCCGCAGUAUCACCAUCAGCAGGUCCUCAUUGGAAAUCACAGAAGCCCACCCCGUCAGGGUUCAGAGGUCAACUCUAUCCAGUAUUUCCAGAUGACGCCGACUGGGCAGCUGGAGGAGAUGGAGGGAGAUGAAGGCGGAGAGAUUAUGGUAGACACCUACAUGCUGCCAUCCCAACCAGGGAUGCAACCUGGGCAAGGGACACAACAUCUACAGGUCUUCCGCAGGCAGAGUUUGUCCCCCGUGUCGUACAGCGAAUCAUCUAGAAGCCUUCUCCUGAACCCAGACGCUCGAGACUUGCUGCUUCAGCAGCUGUUAGUGGAGAAGCUGGCACAGUUGCAGCAACAGCAGAACGGAACGCCUGGAGCAUCAGGCACCCCCUCCUCCAGCAACGAUGCCGCCCACCCCGGGUGCCCCACACAGCGCCCUCCUCAGCACCAGUUCCCGCCCUCACGCAGCGAGCUACAGCAGCAGGAGAGUGUGGGGGCCAGCACGCUGUACCCCUCCUCCAGCUCCUGCAGCAGCGACAGACCGCAGCAUCAGCAGCAACCUAACGCCCUCUACACGUCGUCCUCCAACAGUCGAUCGUUCUCUGAAGCCUCGAGUGACAGCACUCCUGGCCACCAGGUGGCGUCAUCGUCACCCAAAGAAUCGCCCUACACCAUUCUACCCGACGUGCACUUCGCGCGCCUCCAGGACCAGCAGUCGGUCGCGCGGCCGAGCGCUUGGCCAGCGAGUGGUGGCUCCGACAGCGGUAGAAGCAGUGGUAGAAGCAGAAGCAGCGGCUUGACCUUUGCCAUCUCGGAGCCAGCCACACCGCACUGGACGCUGGGAUCCGCGGACUCGCUGUCAGACAACACAGACCAGCCAUGGGAAGGUCUGCAGAAACCACCGCCUCAGGCCGUGGAGAACCUUCCGCAAAACCAACUCCAGCAGCAGCAGCAGCAGCAGCAGCAGGAUCACGAGCUGCAGCGACAACGCACGCAGACAGAGCUCCACAAGCCGGAGGAGCAGACGCCAGUGUCCGAAUAUCUGGGACUCCACGUCUCCACAGUCUGACGAGGGUCGUGGUGUUCUUGUAUGCCACAGUGUCCGGCUCCAGGACAACUUGCUGACGACGCCAACAAUGUCUGAUACACACGUUCCUUGUAGCACACAGCUGUGAUGACAAUCAGUAACUUGGCUAACACUCGUCACAACACUUCACUCGUCACUUGUCACUUGGGAAACACGUUUUCAACAAACGGAGAACUACGUGACAAGCUGUCGUCCUCAACAUCUGGCAGGAGUAUGUAGAGUGAGCUAUUGUGCUCGCAAGCUCGUGCAGACUGUGACGUCAGCAAUGUACACCAGUGCUCGGCUAUACAUCUGCUGUUAGCGUGCUGACAAACGAGACAAGCUUGUUCUGAGUGUCACAAAUACUUAGAGACGUGCGGAGGAUGUAUCUACUAUUAGAGACCUACACAAAUGUUAUAAUACUCUGCGUUGGAGGAGGGAAUCUCAGGUUUUGCAACUGAAUUUUGUCGUCUGGCCCUGUGACUGUGGACAAGACAUAACCAUGGCCAGGCUGUGGGACUGUUUGAAUGGUUGUGCUGCUGGGGCAGCAAUCUGCACACGGCCCAAACAGAGGUCAAAGGUGUUUGCACGAUGCACACAUGACUGACCUUUGGUCAACAUGCAAAUAUCCGAGUGCUUUCAAGUUUUCUUGUUACUAGAGACAAUGAACAUUAGUGAAAUAGUUCAUGGCGCCAGGCAAGUAACCUCUUGCAGUCUUUCUCAGAGGUCACAUGACUGUUGUUCUACACGUGUAUGCUGCACACGUGACAUAUCUACACAGUUCCAUCCACGAGAACAUUCCAGAAGCACAAGAGUUCUGUCCACGAGACUGGGAUGCGGUCCUUCUGCUCGCACCUACAAGAUAAAAACUCCGCCUGUCGGUGUUUCCUGUGUUCGUUGUUAUGUUUGCUUUAGUUUGUCGUUUGUUGACAUGUUUAUAGCCUGGUGAUAAACACGACAAAGCUGUUUCUACGAUCACAUGUCACAUGUCACUCAAAUAAUUAUGAAUGUUAAUGUUUUCACCUUUGUGGAGCAUUGAUCUCCGCUCAAGAGGAAGCUUGGAGGAUAUUCCCAUGUGUAUCUGUGUUCUUUCUUUCUCUCUGUGUUUCAUGCAUGGUCAGUUCUGGUUUAACUGUCCACAAAAGAUGCAAAGUCGUGGCCAUGGAAUCGCAGAUGAAGUUGGUAAUUCAAGCCGAACUUUUUGUCUCGGCAAAAUCAUUGUCUUUGACUUUUAUUAUCAGUGCCUACCUUGACAGCUUCAGAGGCUGGAACUUUCUGUCCAUCUAUGAUGCAAACAUGAAUCAAUAGCAUUAUGACAAAAGUAUGAUGAACUCCAAAGAAAUGUUAGUUCAUCGGCACCUGCCAUGGACCUUACCUUACAGUCUACUAUAUUUAUGCAAUAAAAGCCAAGCUAUAUUGUAACUGCUACAUUUUACAGUUCUAACGGACAUUGUAUGCAUCAUUGGCCUGCGUAGGUUGUCCUCCAGGUAGCGGUGGUUGUGGGGGGAUGCCUUAUGGGAAGACUAUGGCGUCAGUCCAUGUCUGUACAGCCGUCCAAGAUGUUUGAUGAGAGAUUUCCACCUGUGUUUUCCCAGCCAUGACCACUGCAUGACGAGUGCCCUUAACUUUAGAGAAAACUUUGAUAUAUGCAUUUGAAAUGAUUGACCGUGUGGCUGUCUGCUACACAAAGCGAGCUUGGCGCAGAGAUUUUGUUCCGAGUGGACUACAGAACUUUUUUGUCUGUUUGUUCAGUUGCCUGGAGGGACAGAAAUCCGACUCAAUAUCGCAAACUUGCUCCUGUGUCCGAGCUACCUAUGGCCCGAAUGUAACAAACACUUGACAGUCACAAACCCUCGGCUGAUAAACGUCCUUUAUUUAAAAAUUACAAUAAGGUGAACUUCAAGAAAUAGUGAAUGACAGAGGUCACUGGAGUCGCUAAUGUUCACUGCUGAGUGUGACAGUUAGUGUAAAGUGUAGGCGGUAAAACAAAGAGGAUGGCCGGCUGUAGGUGUUUUGUAGCGGCAUCACUUUGAUCCUUCGUUGACGAAGAUGGUGCACCCGCAUCUCAAUUACCAUCCACAGCAAAUAAAGUCUUCGUCAUGUCCUAAGUGCAUCAUUCCUCGCCCUCGUUAAACGUGCAGAGCUACUCGAGCUGAAAUCACGAAAGCUUGCAGCCGUCUGCUUUCUCUUGGGAAACCUAGAACAUUUCGCUAGAAAUAUUUCUCCUGCAUCCGACUCCUUGCAAAUAGUAAGAGGCAGGCAGACCCGGGGGUUGUGGGAUGGGGGACAACUCUGUGACGCCACAGACCUCAACCUUGCCAACCAGUUCCAUUAGUUCUCUACUUCCCGCCUUUCCGCUUGUUUUCUCGGAGUUUCCCGUGGUAUCUCGGAGUUUCUCGUGGGAUCUCGGAGUUUCCCGUGGUAUCUCAGACUGGAGUCGUAGUUCUGUCUCCCUCCACGCGACGGAUUUAACAGUUUAUGCAAAUGUUGUCAUAGCUUUUUCUCCGUCCGCAAGGGUGAACUGUCUAGUUUUCUACACUUCAAUAUUUUUCUAGUUUUCCGUCUUCAGAAAGCACAAAUAACAGCGUAGAGAAUUGUGGGAAGUGCAGUUACAUGAAAUGUGCAGGACACCCGACAUCUGCUUUUUAUCCUUGUUGUUUCAUUAUCAUUAUUGUAAUUAUUGUGAUAAUCGCAGUAGUGUUGUUGUUUUCACUUUAAUGUUUAUUUUUCUGUUGUAUCCAGUAACCGAGAUGUCUGUAAAGGUUUGACAAUAGUUUGCUUUGACAUGUCGGCCAUGGAUCUCACUGCACUGGAUCUCACUGCACUGGAUCUCUGCUUUCUGUAACAGGAUAUACUGUAUGUUACAAAUGUUUUGCAAUUGGAAACCCAUGCAAUUAGAGCCACAAUAAUGUCAACACACAGUCAGUAUGUAAUGUAGACUUGUGUAAAGAUAAACCAAAGUUAGACGAGAGAUCAUUGACCAUGACAUGUCACGUGACAGGCGAGAGACUGAGAACAAAUCUCUGUCUCUCAAUUUAAUGUCGCACACAUUGACAGAGCAGUUCGCUUCUUUUUAAAAUGUCUAUUUUAGGAAGUAAAUGUCAAGUUGUUGAAGAAAAUGUGUUGGGUAAUCUGUAAAACUAUUUUGCUACCAGUGCGAAGGAGUUAGGAUGCAGAGCACGAGCUUCAUGUUGUUGUGUAGGUGGCUUCACUUUAUCAAUCACCGUCCACGACGACUGCGGCCUUCCACGUGAUGAACUGUCAGACACUUCUGGACAAGCUAGCGGCCAUUUUGUACACGCCUUCACUACUUGGGGCAAAAUGUGUAUGCAUUCUUCUUCCUGCCAUCCUUGACAUCCACAGUCGUCACUGUCGUUGGUGUUACUUUGUUGUGCAUGUCUAAUGAAAACAUUGAAAUAUUUUGUGAUGUUGUAGUGAUGACACUGAGCAUCAGACAACGGAUGUUGUAGAGGUGUGUGACAUGUUGGUUUGUAUUUUACACUCGGUUCCUGUCUGGUUCACGUGUGGUUCACUCAUUCUCUCAAUUUGAUGUUCGCCGUGUGUUGUGCCAUAAUCGCACACACUCUCUAGACGGACUGCGCAGCUGCGGAAGUGCUCAAUAAAUCUCUAGAAUAAGAAAGCAAACUCCUCCAAUAGUCCGCAGUUUUACUGCGUUGCCAUGGCGACUGGGCAGCGGGUAAGUGAGGGCUGAGUAAGAACUAAUAUCACGUCAAUUGGUUCCGUGAAACAGCUUAAGGGUGGGGAACGGGUGGGGAACGGGUGGGGAACGGGUGGGGAGGAAGGCAGACUAGAAAUGUCUUCACCAAUCAGUGGCAAGAGAGAACACACCAACAGACAAAGAUAGAUUGAGGGAAAUACAGAUGAAGCUGGCACUGCCACCAGAAGACCUGCAAGUCAGCUAAGAAGUAGAAAUCAUUAUUUUAACAAGAGCGCAGACAUCUUGGCAACACGUCAGCAGUGAUGUCUACUAGCAAUCACGGAAGAAAGAACGGAGGGAGACACAUAGAACGAAAGAAAAACAAAGGAAAGGAGAAAGGAAUAAACGAAAGAGAGAAAGUAAUAAUACUUCUGUGAAGACGUUUUAAGACAAGGAGGUGCCAGAGUUGCCAGGAAGAGAUGGCUGCUGGUCCUCCAGUCAGUCUGUUGCCCACGCGCAUGGCAAUGGCGGUCGCAGCUGUUUGUUUGCUCAGCCAUAACGAUCGUGGCCUGCCAUCACUUGAUUCUCUCACACUGCUCCCAGCAUGCUUUGCGCAUUGACGUCUGCUUGGUGCCGGUGCACCCAGUCAAGCGGUGUGACGACGGUCUACGACAACUACCACCAGGCCUGCAUCACCACCGCCCUCUAAACAACUUCUUCUCUUUGUUACUUACUCUUACUAGACAAACACAUUGUGGAGUGUGUGUGUGUGACCUAUGACCUGGUGUUUCUGAUGAAGACAGACAUGACGCACGUGUAGCUACAGUCACACCAUGUGAAUAACUCGGGCUAACCCAGUGUCUGUCAUGACACAAUAGUCCACACUGUGUAUGUUGGACAUGACUAUCAUCGUAAACCACCCUGUCAGACUUGUCCUUCUGUCUGCAGGGUGUAUACAAGUCGUUGUGUGCAGCAGGCAGGUCUCUCCACACCUGAGUGCACACCUCUCCACACCUGAGUGCACACCUGACCCUCCACACACGUGACCAUGAAGUGUGCAUCACAUACACAAACAUCAUCGCCUUCACCAGCUGCAGAGCAUAAUCAGUCCUUCUUUCCUUUCAAUCCUGACUUUAAGGUCAAUAUUGAGAGACUUCACCUGAUUAUUGUCUGAUUAAUUAACUUUCAUAAUAUUCUGCUGUGUCAGACAGCUUCAGUGUUCUCGUGCGCGCUUCUCUUGGUGUGACUUGAAUCACAGGUGCGCAGGUGUAUACACAGCGUUUGUGUGUGUGAGAGAGAGACAGACAGAGAGAGAGAGAGACAGAGAGGUGAAGACAAUAUAUUACGACAGUUGAGCAAUGCACAUAAUAUUUACAUGAUGCACAUAAUAUUUACAUGAUGCACAUAAUAUUUUCAACAAAACUACUUGACCUUGUGUAUAAAGAUGAAUAUUUUGCCUUUAAGAAAUAUUACUUAUACUUUUCAGAAAGUCUUUUUGAACACUGGCCUGAAUGAUGAAUGUGUGUGUGCGUGUGUGUGUGUGCGUGUGUGUGUGUGUGUUCAUUACCGUGUGAGCAGCUUGACGUGUCCUACAAGUACUUACCUUUGUUGAGUAUGCUCACAGGUGUGUCGUCACGUGAUGUUUGUACAGUUGUACAGGUCCCUAACCUCUGUUCAUGUCCAUGCUCACCUUUACCCAAAUAACUAAUUGCUGUAAUUACAUGUUACUGUUGGACAGUUAAUCGGAAGUGAUUGAUUUUUUGAUUAACGGAAAGUUAAUUAAAACUGUUUUGUUUAAUGAUUAAUAUCUGACACAGUGACAUAUCACGUGUACAACUGAUUGUAGUAAUAAACUGAGCUUAAACACU